GCCUCAAGCCCCUCCCUCCGGAGAGCCAUAGAGAGGAACCGGUUCGCGAGGGCCUUGGUGAAGUGUUCCGGAUUCGGAAGCCGCGGCGAUCAGAGGGGCCGAAGGGACUGGAAGGCUCUGGAACCUGGGCAGAGAAGUGGCCUUCCAGGCCCUAGGCAGAACGCAGGCAGGGAAGAGAGGGCUCGCCACAGUUCGGGUCAGGCACACGAGAGAGGCAGCCCCGAGCGCCGCCCCACAAGCCUCUGCGGCACCCGGGUCCUGACGGGCCGCCCGGUCUUCCGCCGCACGUGCCUUUAGCGCGAUGCCCAAAUCCAAGCGUGACAAGAAAGUUUCCUUAACAAAAACUGCCAAGAAAGGCUUGGAACUGAAGCAGAACCUGAUAGAAGAGCUUCGGAAAUGCGUGGACACCUACAAGUACCUCUUCAUCUUCUCUGUGGCCAACAUGAGGAACAGCAAGCUGAAGGACAUCCGGAAUGCCUGGAAGCACAGCCGGAUGUUCUUUGGCAAAAACAAGGUGAUGAUGGUGGCCUUGGGGCGAAGCCCGUCUGAUGAAUACAAAGACAACCUACAUCAGGUCAGCAAGAAGUUGAGAGGUGAAGUUGGGCUCCUUUUUACCAACCGCACGAAGGAGGAGGUGAAUGAGUGGUUCACCAAGUAUACAGAAAUGGAUUUUGCUCGAGCGGGGAACAAAGCAACUUUCACUGUGAGCCUGGAUCCAGGGCCGCUGAAACAGUUCCCUCAUUCCAUGGAGCCACAGCUGAGGCAGCUGGGUCUGCCCACUGCCCUCAAGAAAGGUGUGGUGACCCUGCUGUCUGACUAUGAAGUAUGCAAGGAGGGUGACGUGCUGACCCCAGAGCAGGCCCGUGUCCUGAAGCUGUUUGGGUAUGAGAUGGCCGAAUUCAAAGUGACCAUCAAAUACAUGUGGGAUGCCCAUUCAGGGAGAUUCCAGCAGAUGGACGAUGACCUUCCAGAGAGCGCGCCUGAGUCUGAGGGGGAGUCUGAGGAGGAGGAGGAUGACAGCUGACCCUGGGAACCAGAACCAAGGCCUUCCAGCAAGUUCUUCAUCUCCACUGGACCCCCCAGGACUACUGUCGCCCCCUGGAGGGAGCAGCUGGUUUUUUGCUAUGGAUAAAGACAAGGGAGGUGCUGGGCAGUGACUUUGUUUUUAUAAAGAAUAAAAUUUUGUCUUCAGGGUGCUCCCUGUAGACAGCAGAGACUCUUUA